GGGUGCUACAACCAGAAAGAGUUGACAGGUUGAGCUACAGGAUGCCAGGCCAGGGGAUUGACACCUCUGGGAGGCUCCAGGAGGGCAGGGCUACCUCCUAUAAAAGGAGAGCAUCCUUCUGCUCAGAAGCAUUGACUGGCAGUGGAGUCUCCAUCUCAGCUGCUGAAGAAGAGAAGCAACAGGAGAGAGAAGAAUGGAAGCUGCUGUAGAAAUGCUGCAGAAAAUGCACUCUGAUGUCACCUGCAGCAUCUGUAGGAACUACUUCUCUGAGCCGGUCACCCUCCAUUGUGGACACAACUUUUGCAGAGAAUGUCUCUCCUCCUGCUGGAGGGCAGCAGCAACCCAGGCUCUCUCUUGUCCUGAAUGCAGGCAAGUGCCCCAGAGCGAAGCAUUACCCCCAGUCAAUGAGUGCCUAGCACAGCUGACUGACCUGGUCAAAAGGUUCAGCUCCCAGGUUCUGCAGAGCACUAAGGGACAGAGCCAGUGCACUCUUCAUGGGAAAGUCUUCAAGCUCUUUUGUGAACAGGACCAGACUCCACUAUGUGUGGGAUGCUGUGAAACUGCAGAACACGGGGGUCAUGGGAUCUCUCCUGUAGGAGAGGCUGCUCCCAAGUACAGAAAACAGCUCCAGAACAUGCAGAGAAAUUUGGGGAAACAUUUCGAAGAAGCUGAGAGCCUUCUAGCUCAGCAGAGCCUUGUGAACUGGAGAAGGAUGAUCACAGAAGAAUACCGCAAACUGCAAUACUUAGUGAUGGCACAAGAAUUCAUCUGUAUUGAAAGGAUAAGGCAAGAACAAAGGGCAAGGCAGGACAGAUUAACUCAGCAGAUACAAACUCUUCAGAAGCUCAAACUAGAACUGCAGGAAGCAGGCAACCUACCAGAUCUGGAUUUGCUACAGGAUGCCAAGCAGUUGCUGGAAAGGAGUGAGUCAGAGCUGUCCCAAAGGGCCAUGACUGUCCUCCCAGAGCUGAGAGAGUAUCCUAUCCCCGGCCUGAUAGAGAUGCUCAAUCGAUUCAGAGUGGACAUGAUCAUGGAUCCCAGAUCAGUCACUUCCUAUCUGAGUGUUUCUGAGGAUCUGAGGAGUGUGAAGGCUACAGAAGCCUGGGACGCACUCCAGCAUCUUGAAGACUCUGAUUGCCAUGCUGUCCUUGCUAAGCAGACCUUCAGCUCUGGCAGAUACUACUGGGAGGUGGAUGUGAGUCAGGUACCUCAGUGGGUAUUGGGGAUCUAUACCACCUACUUGAGGAGAAAAAGGGGCAGGGAUGUGGAGUCCUAUGACUAUGCCUUCUUGCUUCGAUGUGUCAAGAAGGAAGAUAAUUACUUUAUAGGAUCCUAUCCUGGAUCACUGAACCAUCAGUUGAAAGGCCCUAUACCCAGGGUUGGGGUCUACCUAGAAUAUAGCCCUGGAAGUCUUUCUUUUUACAAUGUUCUCCAGCGCUCCCUUAUUUAUAAGUUCCACCCCAUUUCUUUCACAGCACCCAUCAGACCCAUCUUUUGUCCUGGCCCCCCACUUCCAGGAACUAAGCCUGGGCCCAUGACUCUCUGUCCAAUGGACUCCCAUCUUUGUGCUUGUUGCUUUUCAUCUCAGUGAGCGUUUUUCCAGAGAACACUUCUCAAACCACCACCAGGCUUCCGGACUGUGGUCAUUCCA